AACAGUUUAUUGGUUGGAAUAGCAUGUCUUCAGCAGAUUCAAUACCGGGCUACAGCAACAUUGCACUCCCGGUGGGAGAAGGAUUAAGUCUUACAGACACAGAAGCUGAGGCUAUUCUAUUUACAGACAAAUUGGAGGAAGCUUGUGGAGGAGAGACGCCUGAACAGAUUUUCCUGGCUUUAAACAGACUGAAGAAAAGGGAAAUAGACUUUUAUUUUCACGGAGUAACCUUAUCAGAUUACUACAGGGAAAAGAAAAUUCCCCGUGGUUUCCGCAUCCGCAACAUUCCCACAAUAGGACGGCAUAAUCCUGAUUUCUGCAGGCGUUGGGCCGCGGUUUUAAACAAGUGCUCCUAUGAUUUGAUUCUUCUGGUUAUAGAGGAAUCUCGCAGAGAGCUUCUUCUAGCCAGAGAUAAAAUUGCUAAAUUUGAAGCAAGUCAUUCUGCAGUUUUAGAGGGGGAAACCUCUCACGAUCUACUAAACAAAUUGACCACGGACAUCGACAAAUAUCGCCUGGACCUCAUUCAAUUCAAAAAAACAAAGCGAAUUACUGUGGACAGAGAUUACCAGGAAAAUAAAGUUUAUUCAUGGGUAUACAAUCGGGGCACCGAGUCAAACAGGAGGCCCAAAUACCGACGUAACAAGAGAUUUAAUUUGGAUACAGACAAUUCGAGCGCCCAGUCAUCUAGCGACACAGAAUGUGCAGGGGCAACAUCUUUGUCAAAAAACGGGAGGAAACCCCUGACGGGGGUCACUACAAGAGCAGCAAGAGAGCUCAAAAAAGGCCCUACACCCGCCGCGGUGGACAAUGGGCAAGGAAAGUCCAAAAGAGCCAAGAACAAGAAAACAUAGUUUUCAAUUUGUCAUCACGCUCUCUUACAACUGAUGAAUUGUCAGUGUUGAAUAAAGGGCUGUCCUUUGUUCCUACAAAGAAACCGGAUACUUUCAAAAAUAAAGUGGACUUAUACAAAUUCGGUCGGAGGCUAAGGCUAAAGGAACAUUAUGGUGAUAGUCCCUCAUUAUCAACACAGGACAUUCCCCUGCACAAACCAUCUACUUUUGACCCAGUAUCCUCUAACAAUAACAUAAAAUGCUUUAUUAAUUAUAUGAAUACUGUAAUUGAGGAGCCACAGUUGAACCACAAGUUUGAUUUCAAUAAUCUGUCCUUGGAAGAAUAUACAGCUUUGAAAAAUCUAGCUGGUUACAAAGAUAUCACAGUCCGCUCGGCGGAUAAGGGCGGAGGUAUAGUAGUCCAGGACAUGAUGUCAUAUAAGGCUGAAGUAUACAAACAGCUUGCGGAUGAAACUACUUACCAGGAGUUAUUCUCGGAUCCAACAUCCACGUUUAAAGCAGAAAUAGAUGACAUCUUGAACAAAGCAGUGGAAGACAACAUCAUUAAUUACAAGAUAAAAGAAACAUUAACACAGGACUGGCCGAUUGUUCCAGUUCUGUAUACGAUCCCUAAACUUCAUAAAAAUCCCGUGAACCCGCCAGGAAGACCUAUAAUAGCGGCAAGGGAUUCCCUCUUCUACAACAUUUCUAAAUACCUAGAUUUUUUCCUGCAGCCGGUUGUACAAGACCAAAAGGUCUGCCUGAAAGAUACUACGGCCUUCUUGUUACAAUUGGAGAAGCUGUCACCAUUGCCAGAGAACUACCUGAUGUGCACCAUAGACGUGAUUAGCUUAUAUACCAACAUUCCCCAUCAAAGAGGUAUCGAAGCCAUCAGACGUUACAUCACAGGCAGUCACAAAUAUAAAGGUCCAGACAUCAAUUUCUUCAUUAAGCUAUUGGAGCUUACUCUAACACGAAAUUAUUUUAUUUUUGAUGGUAGAUUUUUUCGGCAAUGCUCGGGGUGCGCGAUGGGGUCUUGCGUGGCCCCGAGCUUUGCAAAUAUUUUUAUGCGAGAAGUGGAAAACGACCUUUUUCUAUCUAAUCCUAAUGUAGCGGGGAGUAUUAAAGCAUACUUCCGCUACAUAGAUGAUAUAUUUGUAUUAUGGUCAGGAUCGCAAGAGAGUUUCCAACAGGCCAUGUCUGACAUUAACCAGUUGGAUGACUCUAUUAAAUUCACAUAUUCUACCAGUUAUGAAGAAAUACAUUAUCUAGAUGUGGCUAUCAAUCAAGAUCAUCUACACCACUUGCAUACCUCUUUAUUUGUCAAAGAAACUGAUAGAAAUACUACUCUGCAUGCUAACAGUCACCAUCCGCCGACCCUCAAAUGGGGAUUGCCAUAUUCCCAAUAUAUGAGGAUCAGACGCAUCUGUAGUGAUCAAGCUGAGACUAUCAAACAGAUGGACAUCAUGACACGAAAAUUCAUUGAAAGAGGUUAUAAACUCAAAUUUUUAAAGGAAGCCAAAAGCAGAGCUUUGAAGCAUGAUAGAAUAAGCUUAUUAAAUAAAAUCCAAAGUACAAAAAAACCGGACUUCAUAGUUUGGACUCAAGACUUUUCCACCACCAGUAUGAGUACUAUGCAGAAGGCCAAACAAAUUUGGCCCAUUAUCACUCAAGACAAACAACUACAGUCUCUUAAAGGAGCAAAGAUUUUACCCUCUUAUCGAAGAGGAAGAAACAUCAAAGAUUGGGUGGUACAUAAUGACGUUUCUAAUCUUAAAGUAUCACCGCCUGGCCAUUUCUUGACAAGGAAGCCAGGUAACUUUAAAUGUCUUGGGUGUACCACAUGCAGCAGUUUGGAACCAGGUGCCGUUUUCCAUCAUCCACGCUCUGGAAAGGAGUUUAGGAUUAAACGACCUUAUACCUGCACAAGCCGAUAUGUGAUAUAUUACAUCAAAUGCCCAUGUGGGUUAUUAUAUAUUGGCAAGACUAUUCGCCAGUUUAAGGAAAGAAUAGCGUUACACCGAUCCAGUAUACGUGCGGCUUUAGAGGGACGGGGCUCUGACCAGCCGGUAGCCCGUCAUUUUAAGGAGCUACAACACAGUAUGUCAUCCAUACGCUAUAAAAUCAUUGAUGGAGUCCCUGAGUCCCCAAGGGGAGGGAAUCGAGGUCGAAUCCUACUUCAAAAAGAAUCCUGGUGGAUACAUACACUACAUUGUAACGGGUUACUAUGGUGAUGGGACGUCACUAGGAUCCUCCACGCCCCCCCUAUGAUGCUGGGUCGCCGGCGCGGGUGCGCGCCAAUGACGUCAUCGGCUCAAGGAGGGCGCCGUGGAAGCAAGUGCACGAGGUGAUGCCGGCGCCCCUCGGACACUCCUGUGGUGCGGGAAAGGCCAGCAGACUUACACCGGGGAAUCAGGGA